AUGACUAUAUGUGUUAAUCAAAAUAUAUUACUCCCAAAACCCUGUAUUAGAAGUUCAAGUGACAUUGAUAUGACCCGAAAUCCUGAAUGGAAAGAAUUAGUCUUCGAUAUCGAUUUGACUGAUUAUGAUGAAGUUCGUUAUUGUUGUGGUGAACAAAGCACUUCUGGAUCUUCUAUUUGUCUCCGAUGCUGGCAACUUGCACGUUCUGCAGUCCUCUGUAUUGAUCGCGCUUUAAGAGAAGAUUUUGGCUUCCAGCACUUGUUGUGGGUAUAUUCAGGUCGUCGUGGAGUUCAUUGCUGGGUAUGCGAUCGUUCCGCUCGACAUUUAGAUCAAACUUCGCGUACAGCUAUCGUGGAGUAUUUAACAUUAGUUAGAGGGGGUAGCGGUAAGAAGCCCACACUUACUGCUGGUAACUACUCGAAAUCUCAUGAUGCACACUCACAUGGGAAUAUUGAGCCAGUAUUUCAUCCUUGUGUGGAUGCAGCUUGUGAUAUCCUGAUGCCUCGAUUUACAACUUAUUGCAGUACAAUAAAUGGCCAAAAUUGCUUUGGUAAUAAAAAACGUCUAGAUAAGUUACUAUCAUUUUUACCCGUUGAGUUAAAAGAUCUUCGUGAACGACUUUCUGAUGAGUGGUCUGGUGAUGUUCAAGACGAUAAUGAAGUGUCUACAAAAAGAUGGAAUACACUAAGAAAGUUUUUAAAAGAAAAUGGCCGCACAAAUGUUUUGAAGGAAAUAGUCUUAAAUUACACGUAUCCUAGACUAGAUGCUAAUGUGUCAACAGGUCUUAACCAUUUACUGAAGAGUCCAUUUUGUGUACAUCCAAAAACUGGUCAUAUAUGUAUACCAUUCAAUCCACAAGAAGUCGAUAAACUUGAUCCAUUUAAUGUACCAACAUUAAAUGAACUUGUAGAACAACUUUCUUCUAUAACAGUUAAUGAACAUGAUAAUGUUAAUAAUAACGAUGAGAAUAUUUCAUCAACUGAUAAACAUUUAUUAGCAUUUAAGAAUACUUCUUUAAGAUCUUCAAUUGAAUAUUUUGAAACCUUCAUAAAAAAUAUUUUAAAGGUAGAAAAUUCAUGUACUAAUGUUAAUCAAGUUGAAGAUAAUUCAGAUAUACUUAAAUCUGUUGUUGUAUUUUGAUACUCUUUUAUAUAUUUCCUUCCUUUUGUAAAAAGAGAUUUAAAAAUUUUAUGCGUGAAUUGUAUUAUUAGAUAAAUAUUACUAUUUAAAAUUUUUUUUUUUUCAAUUUGAAUGGUUUAUAUGAUAUAACAACUUGAAGAACACAAGCAAAUUUGUACCAGAUCGUAUGUUUUUUAUGAUUAGCUGAAGUUUCAUGCGUAACAUCAAAAUAAUGAAAACGGUACGAUAUGUUUGUGCACUUUGAUAAUAUUUCGCAACUCAAAUUUCAACAUAGUAAACAAAAUUAUUUCUACCUUCUUCUUUCCUAACCCAUUAAUUCGUAUAAAAAAACUAGUUUAAUAAUUAAAACUUUUUGAUGAUGAACUCAGUUUAUCAAUUGGGAAUACAUUUUGAUAUGUCAAUUUUAAGGAUUAGGAUUUAUGAGUUGGAUAUUUGUCA